AGGGAGUAAGUUUGUUUCCCAGCCAUGUAUCGUUUUCUUGUGUGGAGAGCAUGAGCAAAAGAAACAAAAAGGAGGGAAAUCAGACGAUUCUAAGAGUUUGAUUUCAAAAAGAAAUAUAGUCUAAUUUACCCUUAAACUAUCAACCAAUCUAAUUUAUCUCUCUCUUGGCUAAUAUGGUGCUACAUCAGUAAAAUUUGCUUAGAACGCAAAAAAAAGAAAGUUAAGGGGGAAUGUUCCAAAAACCUAUUUUAUAGAUGACGAGGGAGAUCAGACGAUCGUGAAAAUUAAAGGGUCCAAACGACCUUUUCAUUCGUAUUAUGCUUUUUGUGACUGUGUGAGUAACGAGUUGAUGACACUAUAAACUUUGGGUCGAAGUUUACAAAAACCCCUUGCCUGUCUGUUAGGCCCCAAGUUUUUAGCUAAUUCUUACCAUACGGAGUUGGUCUAACUUGCACAGUCGGCCCACUUCACAUCUCCCCCAUCUCUUGCCCUAACCGAUUCCUUUAUGAUUUCCUUUCCACGAAAGGGGGUAUAUAUUGGGACAAUGGAGAGUUUUUUUUUCUUUUAUUUUAGAAUUUUGGGAACAUUCUAACAACGGAGAUCUUUCACAGGUCAAAUUAUGCCUAAGACUUAUUCUAAAAGAAAUUAUUAUAUUGAACCUAUUUGUAUUAAGAAUACAUAUAUAGCAAAAAAAAAGGACGAGCGUAGUGAUUCCUAUAUCUAAAUAAGAGGAGAGCAUAUGAAAAAUAUAUAACCGAUUCUUUUGUUGCCACAGGUAGAUUAUGGUAUAAAUUCUUAACAAUUAUCACUCACCUGGAUUGCCUGCCGCUGCCGCCUCCCGCAGACAGCGGGGCCCACCUGAUCACCUACUCCCGCUCCCGCUCCCGCAAGAGAUCAUCGGAUGCGGAUCCAUAUCAACCACAGUUGACAGCAGCUCCAGCCGCCAUGACCAUGACCAUGCCAUCCCCGUCGCCGCUGCGCGUGCUGUCCAGGCGCACCGUCACGCCGCCGCCCCGCCCGCGCCACCGAAUCCCGCUCACCACCUGGGACGUCUCCAUGCUCUCCGCCGACUACAUCCAGAAGGGCCUCCUCUACUCCAGACCGCCAUUCCGUCUGCUCGACCACCUCGAGGCCGCGCUCGCCCAGGCACUCGUCUCCUAUUACCCCGUCGCCGGCCGCUUCGCCACGGACCAGCACCGCGACGCCGACGGCAACGUCGUUGGCUGCUCCGUCUCCAUCGACUGCGACGGCCAGGGCGUCGACGUCAUCCACGCCGUCGCCGACGGCGUCUCCAUCGCCGACGUCAUCCCUGCCGACGCCGACGUCCCGCGCCUCGUGCGUUCUUUCUUCCCCCUCGACGGCGCCGUCAACCACGACGGCCACCACCUACCUCUCUUCGUCGUCCAGGUCACCGACCUCACCGACGGUGUCUUCCUCGCCUUCGUCUACAACCACGUGCUCUCCGAUGGCACUGCCUUCUGGCACUUCCUCAACGCCUGGGCGGGCAUUGCGCGCGGCCGCAGCCUCUCUGUCUCCCCUCCUCCGCCCUUGUUGGAGCGCUGGUCGCCCGAGGCCGACGGGCUGACGCCGCGGCCGCCCCCACCGCCACCGGUCGUGCUUCCCUAUCCCGACCUCACGGGGUUCAUCGAGAGGCUUUCCCCGCCGCCGCUGCGCGAGCGGAUGCUGCACUUCUCGGCGGAGUCCCUGGAGGCGCUCAAGGACCGGGCGCGGCAGGAGCUCCUGGCGGCCGGCGACGUGGCUGGCGCGGCCGCCGUGACCAAAUUCCAGGCUCUGUCCUCGCUGGUGUGGCGCUGCUUCACCCGCGCGCGGCGCCUGCCGCCCCACCAAACAACCUUUUGCCGAGCCGCCAUCAACAACCGCACGCGCCUCCGCCCGCAGCUGCCGGCCGAGUACUUCGGCAACACCAUCUACGCCAUCUCCACGGAGGCGGUGAGCGCGGGGGAUCUGCUGGCGCGCGGCCACGGGUGGGCGACGGCGGCCGUGGGGCGCGCGGUGGCGGCGCACACGGACGCCGACAUCCGGGCGCGCGUGGCGGCGUGGAUGGCCAAGCCCGUCGUGUACACGCUCAGGUACUUCGACCCCAACGGCGUCAUGAUGGGCAGCUCGCCGCGGUUCGAAAUGUACGGCUGCGACUUCGGCUGGGGGCCGCCGCUGGCACCGCGCAGCGGCAGGGCCAACAAGUUCGACGGGAAGGCGUCGCUGUACCCGGGGCGGGAGGGCGGCGGCAGCAUCGACGCGGAGGUGGUGCUGACGCCGGAGCACAUGGCGCUGCUGGAGCAGGACGACGAGUUCUGGGCGGCCGUUUCGCCGGACAAACCUUGACUGCCCAUGGCCGAUCAAUGUCAGACAGACAGACAGACAGACAGACAGACAGACAGCAAAAGGAUGUUGAUGCGUUUGGUUAAGGAUUAAUCCUCUGAUAAACGAAUCGAAAUAAAUAUGAGAGAGAGAGAGAGGGCAGGCCGGGGUACUCUUUCCAGCGAAAAUGUUUGUUGAGGGAAAUGAACGAAAUGGAUGGAUGUUGAUGCGCACUGCAGAAAGAUUGCAUCGCGCGGCAAGCUUUUGAUUGUGCUUCUGAUUUCUGAAGAUGAUGCUGCCCCUGGUGUUUGAAAUUGAAUGCAACCUACCAGAUGUGUGUUGACAGUGGCAGGUGAUCUUCUGCUGAGUGCCUCAUUGACAGGUAUAGGAUAACCUGCUUGAAAUCAAAGGAGACAUGGAACGUCUGUCCAUUGCCUCAUCAAUUCUGAAAGGCCUUCAGACUUCCAGUAGAAGUUUUUACUCUAUUUUAGCAGUGACCAAUGUAAACCAAAAAAAAAAAA